UCGGGAUCCGGUGGAACAGGCGGUGCGACGGGAUCGUCUUGGUCGUCAGUGGAAGAAUUUGUGAGUUUCCGAGUUGAAGUGAAUCAACAUCGCGGAUCGUCGACUCUCAAGCGGAGGCUGUGUGCGAUGGCGACUUGGGCAGUUUUCGUGACUGCUCAAGUCGCCAUCGGGAGAGGAGGCAGAGCCGAUUCACGACGGUGAAGUAAUCGCCGCGCUUCAAGAACCCUCGCAGCUCGACGGCGGUUCAUCCCGCCGCAGCAGGCGCAUUUCGGAAGAUCUUGUGAACGUAGAAGUGAUUUGUUCGGACGGUUUUUUCCAAGUUCCUCGCUUGGAACUCUCUGUGCCGCUUUUGUUGAACCGUGACAGUGUGAAAUGAAUUUCAUCACGACCGAAAGCAGGAUGACUUGCCGUCGAAUUUAAAUUAGUGAGAGGAGCGUCAGGCGUCUCCUCAGCGUGGAGAAAACCGUCAAGUCCUACAACACCAUGGACUUGAGACGCGAGAACUCUGACGGAUCAGAGGACGUCGAAGAGUUUGAAGAACUCGAGCUGGAAGACGAUGAGGAGGACGAGAAUCUACGGAAUUCGCCUCUGGAUACAGAUUGUGGUAUAGCUACUCAUCUUUCAACACAUUUCGGAAGUAUACCUUUCGCUCGUAUCUACGACUCGUCUCAAUCAGUCACCGAUUCCUCGGAUGGCUUCUUCGUGCCGGGCGUUCCGAUGUGUUUUAAAUUAUUGGGAUUCGAGCGAGAUCCGAGACCAAGUCACAUGGUGCACCCGAACUUAUAUGUGAUAGAAGUUACUCAUGGAGAUUUUGUGUGGGUGCUGAAGAAACGAUACAAACACUUCCUGGAAUUGCACACCAUCCUGAAACUGUUCAGAGCGAGCUUGGCGCUGCCCCUUCCGAACGAAUCGCAUCAAAUGAGGAGGAAGAGUUUUUUCGAUGAUAGAGCGAAACGCAAGGAGGUCCCUCAGUUUCCAAAACGUCCGGAAUCGAUACUGUCGUCGGCUCAAGUUCAGGCUCGUGGCGAGCAAUUAGUCUCUUAUUUGAACAAAGUUGUCAAGGUUGCCAAUUAUCGGAAUCAUCCAAAAAUGACUGAGUUCCUGGAAGUUUCCCCAUACUCAUUUCUGAACUCCACUGGUCCCAAGGGCAAGGAAGGCGCAGUCAGUAAACGAGCUGGAGGACACAAUCCCAAUUCCUGUUUCAUUUAUAUGAAAUCCGUAUGGUAUAAAAUUUGCAAACGGUGGAGAAGACGCUGGUUGAUCGCGAAGGACACGUACAUUCUGUACAUUCAUCCGAAAACCGGGGCUGUGAAAUCAGUGAUUCUCAUGGAUGGACGGUUCCGAGUUCAUGAAGAUGGGCGUCCGACCGGCUCUCGAUCGGGUGUGAUCAUAUCGAACUUGUCCAGGGAAUUGUUGAUCGACGUCUGGACGAAACGUCAGAGGAUGGAAUGGGUGAAGCACAUCGAAGAACUUGUCAAGACUAGGGCGAAGGAUUUCGUCGCUGAGAAUCGUCACGGAAGUUAUGCCCCUGUGCGCAGUCGGACCUUAGCGCGAUGGUAUGUCGACGGCGCCAUGUACAUGAGAGCAGUGGCUAAUGCAAUUGAGAACGCCAGGGAAGAAAUUUUCAUCACGGACUGGUGGCUUUCGCCCGAAUUAUUCCUCAAGCGAUCGCACAAUAAAAACAACGAGGAUUGGAGACUAGACCUACUGCUCCGGCGGAAAGCGAGCAGCGGCGUGCGCAUUUUCAUCAUGUUGUACAAAGAAGUCAGCUCAGCUCUUGCCAUCAAUUCACUGUAUUCGAAACAGAAAAUCAGCACUCAUCCGAACAUAAAAGUAUUCCGACAUCCCGAUCAUGUCAAUGCAGCUGUUUACUUGUGGGCUCAUCACGAGAAGCUGGUUAUUGUGGACCAAAAAUACGCAUUCCUCGGAGGAAUUGAUUUAUGCUAUGGACGUUGGGAUGACGCCGGUCAUAGACUGACCGACCUGGUUCCCGACGAGAACAAGCGCCAAGGAGUGUGCGAUGAAUCCGAUGUCGACGAAGUAGAUGGGUACAUGGUGAAGCCUUCAUGCUGCGUUUCGGAGACUCGCUUUCUCAAUGUUGCCGGACCGCCGCACAACUUCGAGCGCUGUCUAGUGGUGCCUGAAUAUUUCGAUCAAGCCGAAGGGAAAAUUGUGAACAGUAAAUCUCCGAGUGACAGAGUCAGUCGACGGCUGAUGCUGCAGAGGGUAAAAGCCAAACUGAAAGCAUUGAGGGCAUUCAAACAUCUGCACUACCUGGAGGGCUCCACGGCCGAAAUUAUGUAUGAGGAUCCGCACUCCGGGUAUUUGAACUCUCAAUUUGAAUGCUUGGAGGAGGAGAAGCUCGAGCCGUUUGUGACGGACGGGACGAAGUAUUGGAUCGGCAAAGACUACAGCAAUUUCAUAUAUAAGGAUGUGACGAAUCUCGAGAAACCCUUCGACGAUCAUAUUGAUCGGACCAAGAUACCGCGCAUGCCCUGGCACGAUAUCGGCGCCGUGGUGCUCGGCCGAGCGGCCAGGGACUUGGCGAGACAUUUUAUUCAACGAUGGAAUUCCAUCAAGAUCCAGAAGGCUAAGAAAGCGAAAUCAUAUCCGUGGCUUAUUCCCAAAAGUUACGAUUCGGCAGAGGAUAUUGAAGGGGAGAGGUGUGAAGAAUUGUUCGGCAAGCUCUAUCGGUGCGAGGUUCAGAUUCUCCGAUCGGCCUCCAGUUGGUCGGCGGGGAUUUCUGAGACCGAGAACUCUAUUCAUUCGGCUUACGUCGACCUGAUACUCAAAGCGAAACAUUUCAUCUACAUUGAAAACCAGUUUUUCAUAUCGCUUCAAUCGCCCGACAAUAUUGUCUACAAUGAGGUCGCUGACGCCUUGUUUACUAGGAUUGUCGGUGCUUUCAAGGCGAAGGAGAAAUUCCGAGUGUACAUUGUCCUUCCGCUACUGCCCGCAUUCGAGGGAGAAGUGGGAACUCCAAGCGGAGUUUCAAUCCAGGCGAUCACACACUGGAACUACAACUCAUUAUGUCGCGGCGAGUACUCUCUCCUAGAGAGACUCAAAAGAGAAGUGGACGAUCCGAAAGAAUACAUCGGCUUCUAUGGCUUACGGAAGCAUGAUAUGCUGAAUGGAAUCCCGGUGACUGAACUCAUAUACGUUCAUAGUAAGCUUAUGAUCGUGGAUGACGUGCAGGCCAUAAUCGGAUCUGCGAACAUAAACGACCGAUCACUCCUUGGCGAAAGGGAUUCUGAGAUCGCUAAGGUUGUCAGCGAUCAGCAUUUUCUGCGCGCGACAUUCGACGGCAAACCGGUGAAGGCUGGUUUGUACGUUUCGUCGCUUCGGAGAUGGAUAUUCAGAGAGCAUCUCGGUAUCAGAGAUGUGGAGGAUCCGGUCGCUGACAGUUUCUAUUCAGACGUGUGGAAGAAGAUCGCCCGGAGAAACACUGAAAUAUUCGAAGAGGUAUUCAAACCCUUGCCAACGGACUGCGUGAAAACGUUCGCCGAACUCAGAGCCUACAGUCGCGUUUCGCCUCUUGCCAUUGAGGACCCCUCUGCGGCACUUGAGAAAUUGCGAGACGUCCAGGGGCAUCUCGUCGAGUUGCCCGAGAGAUUUUUAGAGGACGAGAAUUUGACACCUGCGCCAACAACCAAAGAGAGUCUCAUGCCGACGAGAUUGUGGACCUGAAGGGAGGUUUCUCAGAACUCUCUACCUAUAAUCGAGACCCUCGACGAUCCAAUCUGCUGUGUAAUAUAUUAUCAUGACGACUCAUAUAUGACUGGGGAUGAUUACAUAGAUCCCUUAAUGCGACCCGCUUCCGGCGAGUGCGUAUUCAGAAAAUGGCAUUCAUCACUUGGGCCUUCGGCAGGAACUGCUAAUCAAUGUCCAGUUAUUGAAUUUCGGGAUUUGUUGCAUCACGUGCGAAAACUUCCUUUGAGACUGUUUUGAGCGCUGGUUUUAAUCAUGAAUGCCUGUUCAUCCAGAAAUCCCUUGUACAUACAUAUAUUUUGAAUUUCCGAUUUCCUCUAUCUGAAUAGGGGAUCUUGAUUUGCCGCGAUGUUAUCGAUUGUUCUCAUUGAGAAGUUUUAUUGAAGAUCGUGUUCUCGUGUGACUGAAUCGAAGAAUCUUGCUAUCGAAUAAAUUGAGUAUUG